CACCUGCGCCGUAACGGUCGGCGAAGCAGCUGGUUCAGCCGUUAGGACGGACCGGAAGUGGGGGUCGCGCGACUUCCGGCAGUUGGGCCGUUGAGAGAGGGGCGUGUCGGGAAUGGCGACCAAGAGGCUGGCGCGGCAGCUUGGAUUAAUUAGAAGAAAGUCAAUAGCACCAGCAAAUGGAAAUCUAGGAAGAAGCAAAUCCAAGCAAUUAUUUGACUACUUGAUUGUCAUUGAUUUUGAGUCGACAUGUUGGAAUGAUGGGAAACGCCACCAGAGCCAGGAAAUAAUUGAAUUUCCAGCAGUACUUCUGAACACAUCAACUGGAGAAAUUCAGUCUGAGUUCCAUACUUACGUUCAGCCUCAGGAACAUCCAAUUCUUUCUGAAUUUUGCACGGAGCUGACAGGUAUAAAGCAGGAUCAAGUUGAUGAAGGGGUCCCUCUGAAGAUUUGCUUAUCCCAGUUCUGUAAAUGGAUUCAGAAGAUUCAGCAACAGAAGAAAAUCAUUUUUGCUGCUGGGGUUUCAGAUAUAUCUACUUCUGAAGUAAAAUUAUGUGCAUUUGUUACUUGGUCAGAUUGGGACUUGGGGGUUUGCCUGGAAUAUGAGUGCAAAAGAAAACAGCUGUUAAAACCUGUGUUCUUAAAUUCUUGGAUUGAUCUCAGAGCAACUUACAAGAUUUUCUAUAGGAGGAAACCAAAAGGACUACGUGGUGCCCUGCAGGAAGUGGGAAUAGAAUUCCUGGGACGAGAACAUUCUGGGUUGGAUGAUUCUCGGAAUACUGCCCUUCUUGCUUGGAAAAUGAUCAAGGAUGGUUGCUUAAUGAAAAUUACCAGGUCCUUGAACAAGGUUCCCCCUAAGAAGAAUCCCAACAUUUUGGCCAGAAAUCUGAAUACAAAUCAAGUUGAAGAAACAUCGGCCUGCAACAGUAGCCUUUGGAGUCCCAGUGUACAUGAUAGGGAGCCUAAAAAUACAGUAUGUCACCAUGACAAGGUUCAGAUGAGGUCAGUUGGUGUGAAUUCUAUAAAGGCACGGCAAGACGAGCCGCAACCUAGGAGCAGUAUAAGGGUGGGUCUUCACAAUGCCAAAAGCUGUUCCUCUCUCUUCAACACUCGCUCCUCUACUUUGGGGUGGCACUCGCGGAGUCCCAGCUUGCCUGCACCUAUGCAGGAGCAAAUCAGAAGCGAGCAUUGUGCACUGGACACCAAAUCUAAGGCUUCAACAAUGGGUUCAGAACUGGUACUCGUUUCCACGACCCUUUCAUCUGUUAAUCAUGUUUCCGAUAUGGAAGUGAGUUCAGCUCUUGACUGUUUGCCUAUGCUGGCCGACUGGGAGGAUGUAGCUUUACUGCCAGCAUCUCAGCCUGAGCAAAAUGCAGACUGUGUACCUCCCAUUAGUGACCCAAACUUAGAUACGUCACUUAAUUCUGGAGAAAGAUUAACGGUUUUAAAGGAAUCUGAAAUGCUGAGCCAUGAAAACUUUGCAGGCACAGAAGAAACUCCUCGAAAAUCUGAGACCACUAAGGCAGUUGUGUAUAAAAGUCCACAUACUACUAUUUAUAAUGUAAAAGAAGCCAAAGAUCCGGGUUCAGAUGUUUCUAACUUUAAGUUACCUGGGUGCAGAUCAAGUAGCUUCAACAGUGUUAAAGCCGGUGUGUCUCAUCCUUCAGUUUUGGGGACACAUUCUCUUUUAGGUGUCACUAAGAGGAAGCCAUCCAGUUUCCCUGCUUUCCCACCAGCAAAAAAACAGACCUUCACCAUUCAUGAAGAAAUGCCUACAUCAUCUAAUGGCUCCCCAGUGAGAAGUUGUCAGAAGGUUCUCUCUUCUGUCUUAACCUCUACAGUGAACCUACAGGAGCCUUGGAAGAGUGGGAAAAUGACCCCUCCGUUAUGCAAGUGUGGCCGGAGAUCUAAGAGACUAGUUGUUUCUAAUAAUGGACCGAACCAUGGAAAAGUCUUCUAUUGUUGUCCGAUUGGCAAAUACCAAGAAAACAGAAAAUGUUGUGGUUAUUUCAAAUGGGAACAAACGCUUCAAAAGGAAAGAGCCAAGAGCUUAGUUCAGUCUCCUUCCUCACGGGGACUUGCUUUUAGUUCUCCAGAAACAAGCCAUAUCUGUGACAGAAAUGUAAAUGUUUCUACUGAAAAUUCAUUGAGACUCAGACCUUCAAUGAGGACUUGAUAAUCUUUCCUUACAUCUAAACUAUGUUUU